AUGACUGUGUUGCUGGCAGCUUCAGAGCUGGAUCUCUCGGACCCGCAGUCCGCUCAGCUUCUCCAGCCUUUGUUUCCAGUUGCUUUCAAUAUGGGGGCCACUCAUCGCAGCUUUCGCAAUAUAACUUUGAGCUUCAGGGGAGCAGAGAGGCAAGCGCCGAGUGCCCUUCAGCUUGCUCUUCGUUUUUCCCGUGUGCUUGAAAUCUACGAGCAGGAAGGAAAGCGUCACGCAGAGAUGUCCACGGAACAACGCUUGCAAGAUGCGGUCUCCGAGUUCAACCAGUCGCCAGGGCUGCAAGCCAAACAUCGGAUCGAAGAGGAUCGCUUCCGGGCGGUUCUCAAUCUCUUGAGUGGAACCAGUGAGGAGUCUCGAGAGGUCAUUCGGAACCACUUGGAUGCCCACAAGUGGGCUCAGUCGGCCUUUAGUACUGAGCAGUUCAAAGGAUCAAGAUGGAUGCUCACCGCAAGUCCAAAGGCUUCGGCAUGCCCUCCAGAGCUGCGCAAGUGCCUGACAGUCACACCCCACAGUCAGGCUCUUCACUUGAGAUUGGUCAUCAAGAUGUUUCUGGACCAGGGCCGUCGGCUGAGAGCUUCUGCAAGGGCCAGGGCUAGACUUAGCAGUGCCCAGUUUGACUUGAUCUGCGACUUUGCUUGUGUGUUCUCACAUGUUUGGGAAGAAGCUCGGCUGCUGGCAAGCUGGAAUGAAGACAAGGAGCAGGCCAUGGCGAAAGCUUUCUUCCAACGGGACUAUGCAGCAGAGAUCGAGGCUGCGGUGACUGCCAAGCUGAGCUCCUGGAAGCCACAGCGCUUGUCCCUUUGGGUGGAUCUGGUUGAGCCUCCUGCUGGACCAUCAGGAGUGGCUUCAGCAGUGGAGAUUGUCGAGAUGGAGGACCAGGCCCAGGCAGCCCGCUACAGGGAAGUCUCAGCCAAGCUCUCGCAAGACAUUGCAUCAAUGACUGCUUUCAACACUGCGUCCAGCGAGUCGAGCCGGCGCAACCAUGUGGUCAAUGUGAUGCACCAGAAAGCUCAAGUGCAAGUGGGAAAGCAGCUCUGCGAGGCCUUCAUGGAGAAGCAUUGCAGAGUCAGCCUUGUCACCAAGAAGGAUGGCUUUGACACUGGCUUGGACAGCUUCAUCCGUGCUGCAGCUGCAAGCCGCAAGGUCGCUCCAAAUGAUGUGGACUGCAUCCUGUACUUUGAUUGCACCAAGCUGUGUGUGCUCAGCCAGGCAGAGAUCAAUUUGAUCGGAGACUAUGCAGAAAAGAUCUUGUUCCGGAACACCCAGCGAUCUGUGCUGGUCUUGAUUCCACCUCUCCUGGUCGGCAGCGAGAGUGGAGGAUCACUCCGUGGAGACUUCAGGAAAAUCGAGAAUAAACUUCUCGCUUGCAAGAUUGAACUACGGACGGUGUGCAUCAACUUGAACUUGCAAGAGAUCCAUGGCAACAGGGAGAUGCCUGGGGCGUUUCCAGUGUGGCUUGGGGUGCCAGACAGUGCACUUCCGCUGAAGGGCACAGCUCACAGAUCAGUGCGCGGCGCGCCUGCACCAGAUGCUGAGAUGAAUGUGUUCUGCGGAAGCAGUCUUUGGCUUCGCCAAAGCUUGCAGCCAGAUGCAUUCCCCAAAGCUUUGGAAGAGCGAAACUUCAUCGUGCCAGGCGAGGCCUUCUUGUCGCACGACUCAAGACGGUCACUAACAGACCUUCAGGAGACAGCGCAGUGGAUGGGUGGCGUACCGGUUUGUCAAUCCAUCUUCGAUGCGCUGACAGGUGGCAGGAAGAACUUUCAUGCCGCAGUGCUGGUUCAUCCUACUCUAUAUGACGGGUGCGUUGAGCUCGCUGGCGUCCGCUCUGGCUUCAUUGUUGUGUCAUCAUCAGGGCAGCCUCCCAGCCACAACUGUGGCAAGGAAAUCAUUAAGACCCACCUGUUGGAGGCCUGGAAAGCUGGCCGUGCACCUAUGGACAAAGCCACGCCGCGCUACAAGAGCAGCCCUGCCCAGGAAGAUCUCCCAGCUGCACCAAGUGCACCCGAUCUCAAGCUAUGCCAAGUGGUGGGGGGGGAAAAUGGUGAUCCCCCAAGAUGUGAGGAAAGCGUUUCUCACAUGCCCCGUAUGGGGACCAGAUUGGCGCGAGACACUCAAAAAAUUUGA